CUUUUGUUCCACUCAACUCUCAAUCGCAAUGUCCCAGCCGCAGUCUGCGCGAGGCCGCGUGGAUGUCUCUGAUCUGCUUGCGCCGUCGCACCACGGCACCUCCGCCAACAGCGACGUCGUCGACACAUGGGCCGGCAAAGUGACGCGGCUCAAGGCGCUGCACCCGUGGGCAAAGGCGUUUCUCGUUGUCGCCAUGCUCGAGAUUCUGAUUGUCGUCGCACUGACCAUCCAGCGCAUGGCAAUCAUCUCGUACCCAUUCACGGACGACUCGCGCGCCGACAUGACCUACGCGGUCGUGCUGCUCAUCAACGCAGUGUUCUCGUGCUAUUAUGCAGUGCAUGGAUGCCUGCGUGAACGCAAAACGGAAGUUGCCGCGUUCGUGGUGGCCUCCCUGACCGUGACCAUCUACGUUGUCUACCAGUACGCAUUCAACCCGCCAAACACGGAUCCAGACUACGAAUCCAACUGGCACAUUUCGCGAGAGAUCCGAUUCAUCCUGAUCUGCAUCUUUGAGCCGAUGGCAUUGGCGCUGGCCUUCCUGACCCAGCGCCACUUUGGCUGGGUCGAGUACAAGACGGUCGGCGCAAACGUCGACUACAUGCGGCUGCACCGCGAUUACAGCAUGUAUGUGACCUUCCUCAAGUUUGACAUGCAAAUCCAACUGAGCCUGGUCGUGCUGAGUCUCUUUUCGCGUCUCGAGCUCGAUGCAGAGAUGGGCAUUGACAUGGCCGCGGUGGUUGUGGUCUUGAUCACGAUGAUUGUUGGUUGGUUGGCGGUUCAGUCGGAAAACCGCUCCGCCAUGAUCUUUGUCGCCAUCUCAUCCGUCAUCACGUUGGCGUACGACGUGUACACCAUCUACAAGUUUAGCUCGAGCUCGAACGAUGCAAGCUCGUUUGCGCGAUACGCCAUUUUGGCUGCCGCCUCCUUUGCCAUCCUGAUUCGCCUGGUGCUGUUCUUUUUCAUUCGCCGUGUGGUCAGCAACUUUGGUCAGGGUCUCAAGUCCAUGCUUCACAAGCGAUCACACCACCAGCGCCCAGCGAGCGAGGAGGAUCCGUUGAUCCGCCCUUCUUAUUAUUAACUAAAGGCUGAACUCUUUGUUUUCUCGUGCAAUAAAGAACAUAACGAACA